AAUACACAUUAUUAAUCGAAUAACGCGAGGCUCGUUCGCGCACCAGAGGGAAAAGUUGUGUGUGCGGUAAAUAUAUCCCUCUAUCGGCCAGAGCGAAACCACGCCUACUGCAGACGUCAAUAGGCAGUGCCGUAACGGUCUCGAAUGCUGUUCGAAUGCAUGGAUAGAACAGAGAACCGACGUCAGAAGACGAAUCGAGGCGCGUUCGUCGGAUCAACGAAGCGUGUGCGUUUAACUACGAAGAAGAAACGAAGUCAGGAGAACGGAGAAAGAGGAGACGUUCGGUUAAUUACCGCUCGACGUGUGGCGUUCCCAGCAAUUAUCAUACGAACACAGAGUUAGAACAAACGCGGUGUGUCGCAGCGUACGAUUCGGUUUUCGACCUGACGCUGCACUUGCAUCGCGUUAACCUGCUCGUCGACAGUGCGUGACGCCCGCUCCGCUAGAGUAUCAACACCGCGAGGCGACAGCCAGUUUACGUCCCGUAAGCCGAUCCGCCGCGCCGUCAGCGUGCUCCCCUCUCAUAUGGCCAUGGUCAUGCUAUCGUUCGUAGUAGCGUUGUCGUUGAUGACGGCCUUCGCGAACGCCGAGAGCAUCUUAAUGACAGAGGUGUUCGUCAUUCCGAUCAGACCAGAGACUUUCGACUGGAGCGGCGACGCACGAUCCGACCAGUUUUCGUAUCAGCCCUCGUUGCUAAAUGCGCCUGAUCUUCCUUCCUGGAUUCAUUACACGUACAGCAAAAGGGAUCAUCGCGGCUUCUUGUACGGUGUCGCACCCAAGGAUCGCAAAUACUUCCAGCUGGAGAUCGUAGGUCUGAACAAACACACUUACGAAACCAGAUAUAAGGUUCUGGAUAUGAACGUCCUUGAAAAGGAAAACCUGACCAAGUACGAGGUCCAUUUAAAGAUCGAUAAUUUAAACGUGGAGGACAUGUUCGACCGCAAUAGAACCGAAGAGCUCCUCGAUAUAUUUAGAAAGAGAUUGUGGAAAAACGCGAUGGACUUGUACGUGACUUUUCUAGCGUCCGCCGUCGAACUCGGCGCUCGUUUGCCUCUGAAACCGAGCGAAGGUGAAGGAGUCGUCAUAAGACUAGGAAGUUCAAUGCCAUUCUCGCAAGAGCUGAACGAACUCCAGGAAGAAGUGAAACCUCUAUGGAAAUUACCGUUUUGUCCUCGAGAUUUUAAGAGGACCAGCGUCGAGCGGCUUUUCAGAGAGGCGGAAUUUGCGCUGGAUUGGUGCUCGUUCAGACUGGUCGAGCAGGAACAACAGAGUUUGCAGCACGAAAGCGCGAGACGAGGACCGAGCAUGAACGUAUUGGAUUUACCAGCGUCUGGUAUUUCCGAGCACACGGAGUGGCGUUGGGCCAGGUCGACCAAAGCUAAUAUUCCCACGAGAAGUUACUUCGAAGAAAUUGCAACCACGAUCUUCGUCCCGGCGAUCCUGCUCCUUGUAUUGGCCGCUUUAUUGAGCACGGUGCUGUGCCUCGACAGAGAAAAAAUGCACGAUCCUGAGUCAGAACAAUAUUUUUACGAAUUGUUUAACAUCUUUCUUGGCAAAAGACAAAGAACCAGCGAAAAAAGGGAAACUUCGACGGGGGAAGGAGUUAGCAACAACAACAUACAAAUGGUCCAGUACGCUGCCAUCGAAAGGGGUACCUUAAAAUCGCUCUCUGCUCAACCAUCCAGCCCUAAUGAUUCCUUGAUACCAAGUCCUAGGAUUUCCAACGAACGUUGCAAUCCAUACAUUCGACCAAAUCCACCACCUUAUACUGGACCAAGUAAUUUAGCGGGAAUUCGGGCAGAUUUCUGACUACACGAGGAGCCAGCAAAAACGUGGUUUUGCUGAAUUAAUAACGAUUUACAAUCGUAACUACGAGGAGAAUCGCAAAAUCAUUGAAACUGGCUCCGUAUUAUCUGUUGCUUCGUAAUUUGAUAUGGGUAACAUGUAUUACAUAUAUUGGUUUAAAAUUGCGUAGAUUCGAUAAAUUGCACAAAAUUACGAUAGUAACAACAUAUCUUCUAUUAUACAAAGAAAUCUCACUAUUAGUAUGGCACUAAUUAGUACAUAUGUAAACUUAAUAUUUAUUUAUGAGUAAUGUAUAUAUAUAUUUAAUAUUUAUAUUCAUAGUUUUAGCUAGUUUUUAUGCUAGUCAUCUUAAGUACAACGGUACUACAAGCAAUGUUAAUUGAUGAAACAUU